GGCAUUCCCACCGCACUGGGAGGGUCUCAGCCAGAGCGCCAGGAGAGAGGCGAGCUUCCAGCCGCUUCUGUCGCGGGCUCCUCUUGCUCCUGGCUGGCUGCGGGCGGGGGCAUCCGCCGCCUUGUUGAGGCUGCUUGGAGUCUCCACUGAGUCCAUCAGUGGCAUCUGGAGUGAGUUUUUCCAGCUGGUUAGUCUCUUUCCCCCUCACCCAACUGAAGUUCCUCUAUAUUCUUCCUCAACUUGUUUCUGCUGGGGACCACAAGGAAAUCACCGCAAGGGAACUUUUGUAAUCCAGUGAAGAUGGGUCUGGUGUGGUGGUACCUCUUGCUUCUGGGGGCAGCUGCCUUCUUGCUGCAGGAGGGUUUCUGUGGCUUCUCACACUCUCUGAAAAUUUUCCACAUGGGGCUGUCAGAACUGACACAGAAGUUGCCCCAGUGUGUCUUUGCAGCUUAUGUGGAUGACCAGCCCAUUGCUUACUAUGACAGCAACACAAUGAAGAAUGCAUCUGCUUUGGCCUGGAUGCAGAAGUACUGGGACUUGGACACCCAGAACAUUGAUCAAAUAUGCAAAAUGAGGCUGACAUACCUGAAGAAUUAUAGCCAGAGCAGUGGAAUUCACACCUGGCAACGCAUGUUUGGCUGUGAUCUGAAUGAAAAUGGAUACCGAGGAGGUUAUUACCAGUGUGCCUAUGGGGGCAGGGAUUUCCUGAGCUUUGAUAAAAAGACUCUCACUUGGACAGCAAUCGUGCCGUGGGCCCAAAUGACCAAGAGGAGAUGGGAGGCUGACCCAGCCAUUGCUCACUACUGGAAGGGUUACCUGGAGAAGAUGUGCAUUGAAGGGCUGCAGAAAUACCUGGAGUAUGGGAGGGAGACUCUGAUGAGGACAGAGCCCCCAGUGGUGAAGGUGACACGCACGUCAGGCCAUGGUGGGCUGGAGACCCUCAUCUGCCAGGCUCACGGCUUCUACCCCAAGGAGAUCGAUGCCACCUGGGUGAAGGAUGGGGAGGUCUGGGAGCACGAGACCUUCCGCAGGGGUGUCACUCCCAACUCAGAUGGAACCUACCACACCUGGCUUAGCAUCCAGAUUGAUCCCAAGGAGAGAGACCGCUACCGGUGCCACGUGGAACACGACAGUCUUCUGAGGCCCCUGGAUUUGGCCUGGGAAGAGCCUGCCUUGGUGCCCACGGGGCUCAUUGUGGGAGCCAUCUUGGGGGUCCUGGUUGCCAUCCUGCUGGUGACUGGCAUCAUCUUCUAUGUCAGAAAAGAGAAAGGAGAUGGCUACAAAGCACCAUCAACUCCCUCUUCUUUGGAGAUGGCUACAGAGCACCAUCAACUCGCUCUUCUUUGGAAAUGUUACUCCAACUUCAACAAGCAAAGCCUGAAGAUGUGUGAGAAGAGAGCUGAAGAGAUCCACCCAGGUCUCACUGAAAUUCACCCCAAGAAUUCUUACCAGCCUUGAAGAGUGUUUGUUCUGCUCCUUGAUCUGGGCUCAGACCCAGCAGCAGCAAUAGCGUUCUAUCACCAGCUGACAGUGUCGUCUUGAGUUUGAGAAAUGUCUCUCUGAUUGGGCUGAUCUUUUCUCCUGCUGAUUUUCUAAAGCAUUUGCAUUCAUCAGAAGUGUUCCAAUACUAACUGGAACACAAAAGAUGAUUUUUAAAAGAGAUGAGGGUGUUCAUUUGUAGCCUACAUUUCAGUAGGCUUAUGAAAUCACCCAGCAAUGUGUGAGUAGGUGAAUGUGUGUGUGUCCCCAUCAGUUUCGCAAUGCCUGGACCAAUACGGACUAAAUUGAGUACAGUUGUAGGGACACCUCAGUGGCAUAGCUUGUAAUAAUGUCAUCCACCCUAAUUCUGUUGGAGUUCCAGUGCAUCAUCCUUUUAAAGAUAGUUAGUGAGGGUCCCCUUACCUGUCCCUGUUUUACCUCUACUCUAUGACCCCUGUCUUGACUCCUCUGGUAUUUCCUGUGGUGAGUCAGUCCUACUUCCUUUCUCCUUGGAGAGCAGAUGGGAGCAUCUCUCUCUCUCUCCCCUCAAAUUCAUUAUGUAGCUCAUAUGUACCUCAAAGUUAGGGAAGGUCUUUCCUAUCUCAAAUGUAAGGUAAAGGUAAAGUAUGCGGUCCAGUCGAUUUCGACUCCUGGCACCCACAGAGCCGUGUGAUUUUCUUUGGUAGAAUACAGGAGGGUUUACCAUUGCCUCCUCCCACACAGUAUGAGAUGAUGCCUUUCAAAUGUACUUAACCCGAUAAACCUUAUUUAGUUUAUUAACUAAAUAAUAAGCUAAUUAGUUUAAAUAAUUAAACUUAAUUAUUUAAUUACAAUUAACUAGUAAUAAUAUUAUAAUUUAAUAUAAUUAUUAAAUUAUAAUAAUUAUAAUAUUAAUUAUAUUAAUAUAUUAUGCACUACAAUCUCCAUGCUUGUUCUUGACGACCUGCAAUAAGAAGGCUCUGUACUACUUGGUAACGGGAGUGGGCAGCAGCUUCCUCUUGGCACUUUGCUAAACAAUUACAAACUCCAAUUCAAGAUGGUGGACACAUCAAGGCGCAAGUGAACCGCCCCACCAAUUUGAACCAAACUUGCUACAGCUGUAGGGACACAUAGGGAUGGCUCAGUGGCAUGGUUUGUGGUGAUGUCAUCCACUCUGAUUCAAGAUGGCGGAUACAUGAACGUUUUGAGGUGCAAGUGGGCGAACUUGUGAGCUUCCUAACCGAUUUGGACCAACUGUAGUUCUUCUGAAUCAGUAACAAAAAGUAGACAGCACAGUUUCUGUGUAAGGAAAGGGGGAGUCUCCAUAGCUUAAAGGCAAGGAACGCCCUCCCCGCCGGCCACAAAUGUUGGCAGGAAGGAAGCAGGCUUCGCUGAGAGAGAAGAGGGCCUAGAGGCAGAGUGGUUUAAAAAUGUGCAAUGUUUUUUACUUUUUUAGUAGUGGUCGAUCAUUGCUUUGUUUUGUAGUAAUAAAUAAUCUUUAUUCUUUUA